UGUUUAUUUACUACAUGGCAAAGACGCUAUUUGAGAGAGAACAUUAACGACGACUUCUGCAUCAAAAUGUGCAGAAGAAAAAAGAAACGACGAGUACAGACACCAAACCCGUUUGUUUUCAGGUUGCUGCUUCUCCCCUUCACUCCACCCACCUCUUGCGUUGUAUGCACCGAUGUUGACAACAGCUCCCUACAUUUCUUGUUUCCAACGAGGAGCCUCACAGUGAAACAGCGCUGGAGGAUCCUCCCUUCAGUUUUAACGAGAGAAAACCACCGUGUGAUUAGAACACAUCGGCGAGAAAACCAAGCAGUUCUGAGAAACCAUGCAGUGAGCGACUUCCAGCCUUCGACCGCCGAGCAAAUAUGGGAGAUAUUAUAUUAGCUACAAUUAGCGCUUCGUUGCAGAGCUAAUUAACAACCCUUAGACUUCCAUAGCUGAUCAUGGCAAAGCAGUAUGAUGUUUUAUUCAGACUGCUCCUGCUCGGUGAUUCUGGGGUUGGGAAAACGUGUUUGCUGUGCAGAUUCACAGACAAUGAAUUCCACUCUUCACAUAUUUCUACAAUAGGGGUUGACUUUAAAAUGAAGACAGUAGAAGUAGAUGGAAUCAAAGUAAGAAUACAGAUAUGGGACACUGCAGGACAGGAGCGUUACCAGACCAUCACCAAACAGUAUUAUAGACGAGCCCAGGGAAUCUUUUUAGUCUAUGACAUCACAAGUGAACGGUCCUUUCAACACAUCAUGAAGUGGGCUAGUGAUGUAGACGAGUACGCCCCUGAAAAGGUUCAGAAGAUCCUGAUCGCGAACAAAGCAGACGAGGAACAGGAAAGGCAGGUGGCCACUGAGCAGGGCAUCAAGCUGGCAAAUGAAUAUGGAAUGGACUUCUUUGAGACAAGUGCCUGUACCAAUUACAAUAUUAAGGAGUCAUUCACUCGACUGACGGAACUGGUUCUACAGGCGCACAAGAAGGAGCUGGAUGUGUUACGAGUGUCCAUCAAUGAUGAACUGAGCAUAGCAGACUUGGAGGGCGAGGAGGGCAAAGGGGACAGAAGCGGCAACUCUCAGAAAACCUGCUGGUGUUAGGAAACAGACUGGGAGCACUGGGGUACCUCUGCCACUGCAGCUGCUUUCCAGCUCAAUCUCACACAUGCUAAAAUCAAACAUCUGAUUAGCAAUGGUUUCUGUGAUUUUUGUUUUUUUUUUUGUCCAGAGAAUUAGGUGCUUUUUUUCUUUAACUGUUUGCUCAUGCGCUGUCUAUUUUCUUAUAGUUAUUUUGGUGUCAUUUAGUUUCAAACCAGUGAACUACACAAUAGCCCAGAUAAGACGACUACUGCCAUUUUAACCAGUGUUUGUGUUUUUUCCUGUAAUGAAAUGUAUACACCCAUUGUUCAUAAAACAGAAAAACAGCAAUCCCUCGGUAGAGCGCUCUCAGCUAUAACACACUUUUUUUUUCUUUUUACACAGCUGCAGUUACUUUCCAUGUAAAUGUGUUCUACGUUAUUAUCAGUGUUUUGGGAGACUAUGAUUGAAAAUACAUUUUUGAGUCUUGAGUAUUUUCCCAAAUAUUGCAGUGCUUUUCAUAACUGGUUGUCCAAAUUUUAUAUAUAUAUAUAUAUAUAUAUAUAUAUAUAUAUAUAUAUAUAUAUAUAUAUAUAUAUAUGUAUGUGUGUGAGAAACUUUUUAUAUAUAAACCAUAUUAGUUGUGCUUAUGGCGCUACAGCUUCAAUAUAAGCGCUUAUCUUGAAGAUUGUGUCUGUCAUACUGUAGCUCAACAUGCUCUCUGCAGCAAAAAUAACCUCAGUCGGGCCUUGCAUUGGGAUCGACGCAAUGAGCCGGAUCUCAUUUUACUUUACAUUAGAGAAGGAAGCAGAAGGACCAGUUCAUCUUCUACACUCCUACCAAGAUCAUGACCAGAAUCAAUAGCUGUAUGUCUUUCAAUGUGCUCAGCAACUCCUUUUCUGCAGCAUUUAGUGUCAAGGGUCCCUAAUCUUAUACAUGUAUGUACUGCAGUGUUGGUUUGGUAUUCAUUCUGAAGUUUUAGUCCUCUAGUAGGACCACCAAAUGGUCUCAAAUGGCCUUAAUCGACAGGUGGCCCUAGAGGGGAGGUCUUCAGGUUGAAGUGGACGCAGUUACCAACAGGCGCCUAUACUGCCCGAAGCCGCAGGCUGGAGGUAACAAUAGUCUUCCCGAGGGGCAUUCCAUUUUCCACUAUGAGCUGACUCUGCAGUACAUAUAUAAUAUAUGAGUCAGUCAAAAUAAUAAGUGAGUAAAUAUGAAUUUUUGGCAUGAAUAUCUUAGUGCUGUACUGUGGCAAGGUGAUAUGGUGAAUGAAAGCGCUGCUUGCGCGGUUUAAUAAGUGAACAAAAGAAAAAGGAUAAACAAACGUAAAACACUGUACACAAAACAAAACGGCACUUUGGCCAAAACAGACCGACACUAACAAACAGGGGAUGAACACUAAACACACCACAAGUACCAUGCUGAUGUGGGUCAGCACGGAUAGCAAUUGUUAUUGAUUGAAUUAUUUCCUCCUCUGUCUCUCCUGUACCUACUCACUGCACACCCAACCCCGAGUGAGUGAAACAUGCACCCUCACCUCCCGGGAGGGAGAUUAUUGACUAGGAUUCAUUGCUCUCUGUCACAACUUUGAAUAAUGUAUAACAUUUCCAGCAGUCUGCAUUUUUUUAUUCAAAGUGUUAUUUGUGAUUUUUGAUAAACACCAGGUUUCAGUUUUAUGUAUUGAAAACUAAUUGUACACAUUGUUUCUUUUGAUGUCAAUAAAAAAAAAAAUCCAAAAGGCAGGCUAAUAUCUGGUCAGGGUUAGGUUACAGCAAAGCAGAUAUAUUGUAGUAUUACCCUUAUUUAUUUAUUUGAAAUCAUAUCUUGGAGUCUGUAGUAAUUAUCAAAGGCUGAAUUGCUUUAAUUGAAAUGGCGUCGCUAUAGAUAUUUCCUUUAUCAAUCCAGCACCUUAACCAGUUUGGGUUUGUCUGCUCAUAUUUCUGACAUUUCUGUGUUAUACCUGCAGCAUCAUCUGCCUUCACCACAGGUCUGUCCUAGACAUUCUGUCCAUGUGUUAAAUGAGAUGUCAUGUUCAUUGUGUAGCUUGUGGCAAAAAAAUAAAACAUGUUUUCUCUUGUCUCUUGCAAUUAAUACACAUUAUGAAAAAUGUUAAAUUAGCAAUUUAUAGUAUGGGUACUGGUUAUUCUGUAUUUUUAAAAAAAAACUGUUUAUAAUGUCUGUGUCGUUACUGCUCAUUUGAGAACAGAAAACCUCACAACAAGCUUAAAUUACAAAUACUUGUUGAUUUGUUUCUCUCAGUCUUUGUGAAAAUGUAAAACUGCACCUGAAAUGAUUGUAUACUCUAGCCAUUAUUUUACCUGCAACUAUUUACAAAUAAACAUAUUUCAAGCAAA